AUGGACGACCCAAUUGAAGCUCUGAAUCCCGACUCGCCGGAUGUCAUGAAUGAUCCGGCAUUCGCACCUCCGCAGCGGCAAGACACGGCAUCGUCAAAGUAUGGCAGCGAAGGCGGAGGGGAGACAUGCCGGAUCUGUCGGAGUGAAGGGACGCCGGAUGAGCCACUCUUUUAUCCCUGCAAGUGCAACGGAAGCAUCAAGUUCGUGCAUCAGGAGUGUCUCAUGGAAUGGCUUUCCCACUCCCACAAGAAGCACUGCGAGUUGUGCAAGACUGCCUUUCGCUUCACCAAGCUCUACGAUGCAAAUAUGCCUCAGACUCUCCCAUGGUCCGUGUUUGCGAAGAGAGCAUGCAUGCAUACUGCGACUUUGGCUGUGAGAUCCUGUAGGGCAGCUAUGGUUGGACUCAUCUGGUUGCUCGUGUUGCCCUGGCUGGUUAGAUGGGGUUGGCGGUGGAUGUUCUACUUCGCCGAUGCGGGUUGGGCGAGAGAGCCGUUCUUGAGGAGUUUCUACGCUCAGCAGGCAGCGUCACAGGCAGCGCAAAGCUCAAACACAACCACAUCCGUCUCCGACUCGCUCUACGCGGCUUUUGAAAAUCUAUGGGAGUCUCGCAUGAGCACACCGGCUGAUKGAGCGGAUACAAACGGAACCAUGGGCAAGAUUGCCGAAUCCCUAUCAUCUGCCCACGAGAAUGCGACUAUGGUAUCGAAUGUGACAUUUUCACCCAACCCAAUCACAUACGGCCAAGAUACUUCAAUCCUCUCCUCCUGGACCUACCUAGCCCACCUCACCCCUAACCCACGUUACAAUCGUGUUAUUCUGGAUGUCUUCGAGGGCCAGUUGAUCACCUGCGUUGUGAUUGUGGGGUUCAUACUUGUAUUCCUGAUCCGAGAGUGGGUUGUCCAGCAACAACCAUUAGUGCAUCUGGACAUGCUGAACAACGAGCAACGCAACUUGGAACAGAUGGAGCGGGAAACAGAGAGACUCAGACGGCAAGUUGAGCUUUUGAAUCAGGCGCGAGCUCGUCUCGUGACAUUGCAGGAUGAGGCUCAGCAUGCUGGCACGCACGGAGACGAAGAUGAUGAUGAUAGCAGCAUCGCAGGGGAGGAAUUCAUCGGCUGGGAUCAGCUUAAUUUACGACUUGACGAAGCGACGGCUCUGCUGCGACACCCGGACCGUGAGGAUAAUAUGGAGCAAUUUGGGACAGUGGCACACGAUGUGUUGAGGCAAAUGCGUAUCGCCGAGAGGACUGGGGUCAGCAUUACGGAACUGGUCGAGAACGUCUAUCAGAAACUGGCGACCUUUUCGGAAGACGAGCGACAGGAUUGGGAGGACAUCCUAGUUGGAACGCUCGAAAAGAUGAACGACAAAAGGCCCAGCAUGGCGGAGCUUGGCCGCCACGGUGGGUCCGAUCCUACCGAGGCUGCAGAGUCACCGGAGACUACGUUUCGGCCCCAAAUGCCUGGACGAGACGUCUCGUUUCUUGCAACAGAAGUUCAAAGAGGAUUGGCGGAGUCCGAAAACGAGCUUGCCGCCAAUGCGGACGUCAAUCGAUCUCGAGCCGUUGCUGGUGACAAUGAUCUUGGUUUUGAUGCGAGCGAUGGAAGCAUGGCGAGUGUUGUGAACAUGGACUCUGACUCUGGGUCAAUGUUCUCGCCGGGAUCUGAGGGCAGUUGGCAGCAGUUGGACCAACYCACAACGGCCGUGCCUGCCCCUGAUCAUGUCGACAUUUUCCAGGAGAAUAACGACGAAAUGCCCAUCACGAAUGCCGGUCAAGAUGCCAAAACCAACAUCAGGCGUACUGGCAAAGCUAAAGGCAGACCCAUUGUUCCGGAGCCGGAGGAGGGUACGAACGAUGGAGUGAUCACGAACAGUGACCUCGUACGCAGGCUUGAAAGUAGUGAUUCCCACGAUGCUGGUCUUUUGUCAACAUCCGCACUGCCCCCUCACGCAGCAGACGCGCAUACGGAGCAAGCACCACAUGCAAACAACCCCUUCCACCCUGACGGUCCAGCGCCGGGCUCUGGGGACGAAGCUCCGGAGGAAGAGAGUCUUCGAGAGCGAGUCGCAAGCGUCUUCCGCGAAGAAUUUGGCCUGGACGAGGUUGAAGAUUUGGAGCAUCUCCGACAAGCCGGCACGGGACCUGAUGGACAGACAGCCCCUAACGAUGGCAGCAUACCAGGAGCGACGGAGCCUCCAGUACGGGAUGGGCCUCCACUCACUGCAAUUCAACGUUUAGCUGACUACUUUUGGGGCGACAUCCAGCCUACCGGAGCCGCUGAGCCCGCAAUCGCACCAGCUGAGGAGCGUGUUGGCGAAGAUGAGCACGUUCCAGAAGCUGCAUUUGUUCCCAAUCAGGGUGUUAUCCCCGGCGCCGAUGUGAUACCUGAGAAUGGUGCCCAAGCCCAACAGCACAAUGAUCCGGAGGUCGUCGUCGCAGCACAGCAAGCCGGACUAGAUGCAGAAGCGAUCGAAGAUGCUGAAGACCUUGAGGGUAUUUUCGAGUUGAUCGGAUUCCAAGGUCCGCUAAUUGGGCUCUUUCAGACAUCUUGCUUCUGCGCGGUCCUGGUCAUCGGCACUGUGGCUGCAGCCAUCGGACUUCCAUACGUUUGGGGAAAGCUCAUACUUUCAUUCAUCAGCGCGCCAGUGACGCUCCUUAUCAAGACGCCCUUGAAGUUUGCCUCGUCGCUUGCAGACAUUAUCAUUGAUCUUGGUCUGGCCGUGGCUGGCUGGCUUUUGUAUUUCGCUGCAAGAGGCAAUUCCAUCACCAUGUCAUGGCUCGGUAAAUGGGCGCCAGGAGUGGGAUCUUACGAUGUCUCUGUCCAUCUUGCAAAGCUCGGCGACAAGACAGCUGAUCAAGCUGCUAAGAGGCUCAUUCAUCUUUUCGUCGCUACUGGUGCUCAAGCAGAAGGCUUCCAGCAGAAUUGGAAUUGGAUCUUCCUUCGUGGCUCUGUCCACUCGCAUGCUUCGUUGAAGAACAUUGAGUCGCUAGUCAACUCGAUGCUGAAUUACACAGGUCACGGUAUUACCAAUGUUGCCGAAGCUCUAUCCUCAGGAUCGGUCUCCACGAUGUGGGAAAGCUCRUGCAACAUGGUCAAACAGGUUCCCGAGGUUCUGACAAAGGUAUUAGCUGGUGUCACAGCUAUUGGGCAAUACAUCCGGCCUCUUUCCGCCGCUCUCAGUGAGCUGAAGACUGGAGCGUUGACCUUCAAAUCUGCGACGGUAUACAUGGACCCAGCGCUUGUGUAUUGGGGUACAUCAGAUCGCGGCCUCGCCGUGAUGACAGGCUAUCUUUCCCUCGCAGUCAUCGCAGCAAUUUACGUUGCACUCGACACUCCCAUUACCAGUUCUCCUUCCGGUCAGAGGACCGAGAAGAUAGUCCGCGACACUCUUCGCCAGGCCGGCGGUGUCCUCAAAGUCAUCCUCAUCAUAAGCAUUGAGAUGUUGGCAUUCCCCCUCUACUGCGGCCUGCUCCUGGACUUCGCAUUCCUUCCCCUCUUCCAGAAUGGAUCCGUCGCCACCCGCUGGGCUUUUGCUGUUCGCGCACCAUGGACAUUUUGCUUCGUGCACUGGUUUGUCGGAACCUGCUACAUGUUCCACUUUGCGCUGUUUGUUGGCAUGUGCCGCAAGAUUCUGCGCAAAGGUGUUUUGUGGUUCAUUCGUGAUCCAGACGACCCGACAUUCCAUCCUKUAAGAGACGUGCUAGAGCGAAACGUCACGACGCAGUUGCGUAAGAUCGCGUUCAGCGCUCUGGUUUACGGAGCCCUGGUCAUAAUGUGUCUCGGCGGCGUCAUCUGGUCCAUUGGACGAAUUUUCAAGGGCCUGUUUCCCAUCCAGUGGCUCUCGACUGAGCCUGUCCUAGAGUUCCCAUUGGAUAUGCUCCUUUACAACUUUCUCGCUCCUUUGCUGAUCAAGCUAUUCAAACCUGCGAACGUUGUGAGUACCAUGUACGCGUGGUGGCUGAGACGAUGCGCAAGGGUGUUGCGUUUGUCGCAUUUCCUCUUUGACGAUCGAAGGAAGGACGAAGAAGGAAGGCAUGUUCGGAAGACCUGGACCAGUUUUGCACUUUUGAAAAAGGCAGAUGUUACUGAAGGGGUUGCCCCUCCAGAGAGACUGAAUACAGAGAAUGGAGAGCUGCCCGAGGUCUACUUCAAGCGCGACGGCAAGUACGUGCUCACACCUUGCAACGACCAAUACCGGCCACCCAAGCCCGGUGAGGCAUUCCUCCACGCCGACGAGAAAGACGUGUUCAUCACCGAUAAAGAUGGCAAGAAGAACGAACACUUCGCCAAGAUAUACGUUCCGCCCUACUUCCGCCUGCGGGUCACCCUCUUUACGGUCUGCUUGUGGCUAUUCUCCGCCUUCACCGGGCUCCUUGUGACGUUGGUUCCGCUGGUCUUCGGGCGUAAGAUUUUCACAUCCCUGCUACCGGCCGAGGUCAAGGUCAAUGAUAUCUACGCAUAUUCUCUUGGCGCGUACAUUCUUGCCGCAGUUGCGUUCUCCGUCUUCAAGGGUGCGACUGGCGUACGCUACGUACGCGAAAAGGUGCAGACUGUCGAUCUGAAGGCAUGGGCGAGUGUAUCGACUCGCUACACAAUCCAAGCAUCGAAAUGCUUCUAUGUGUACGGCUUCCUUGGUGUCGUCCUUCCGCUGCUCUUUGCAGUAUUCCUACAAUUCUACCUCAUCCUCCCGCUACACACCUAUCUGGUUUCAAAUUUCGGUUCCCUGAUUGCGAGCAACCAGGCUGUGGGUGCAUCGGGGAAUGUCACGGUUGGCAAUGUCACUGUCGGUUACGCCGGUCUGUCCCACGACGCCGACCCGUUGCAGGGGGCCUCUCUCGCAAAGAGCUUUGCAGAGUACGCCGCAAAUCUGACGGCCAACACAAACUUCACCCAAGAUGGUCUGCAACCGGAAAAGCUCCCUUCUCUGGCAGACCACAGUAUCCACAUCCUCGCAGACUACGCUUUGGGACUUUUAUACGUCCGCAUCGCGGUCCGCUUGAUCCUCUCAACUCCAACUUCCCGCGCCUCUCAAGCUUUUCGACUCAUCACAGCGAAUGGGUAUCUCAACCCAAAUGCUCGUUUGGCCACACGUUACUUUGUCCUGCCAGCUUCAUUGAUCGCGAUGGUCGUCUUACUUUCGCCGCUGGGAAUGGCAACGAUUGUGAUGGCGGCUGGAAGCAUCAUCAACAGUCUAUUCCCAGCAACAACGCUUGUGUUCAACCUGGACGAAGCAGCCCAGACACUGAUUUACAGGUACUCGUAUCCUGCUGCUGCGGGACUUGCGUCUUUGGUCGCGGGUUUCGCAGAGGUGGGGAGAGUGCUGAGCAAGUGGAGGGCUAGUGUGAGGGAUGAGGUUUAUCUGGUUGGUGAGAGGCUGCAUAAUUUUGGUGAGGGAAAGCCACCGGCGGGCAGUCGGAGUGUCGUCCGGAAGGACAGGUUGUAG